AGGCACCUGGAAGGGUGAAGGCAAGAGAAGCAGAUGACGACGCUGAACACUGGCUCUGCAAGAUGCCCAGGAGGCUGAGGCAGGAGCAUGGCAAGUUUUCGGCCAACGUGGACAACUUAACAAGACCCUGUCCAAAAAACAAAACAAGCCAGAUGUGUGGUCAGAUGUCAAAUGGAGGUGAUUACAGGGGAGAUCCUUGGCAGAACUGUAUCCAGACUUCUAAAGUGGGGAAGACCCCUGGCAGAGAUGUUUCCAGACUUCUGUCCUAUCAUUUCUGACAAUUCUGCUUUUGUUCUCAGUUGACAACAUAAGAGACUUGAAUCUCCAUAAUGAACGGAUCCAGUGUGGCAAGGACAUCACCCAAUGUGAAAUGCAAGGAGGACCAAGGAUUAAAUGGACAGGAGGAAAAGGAGAACCCAUUUGCAGAAUACAUGUGGAUGGAGAACGAAGAGGAUUUCAAUAGACAGGUAGAGGAAGAGCUGCAGGAGCAAGACUUCUUGGACCGCUGCUUCCAGGAGAUGCUGGAUGAAGAAGACCAGGACUGGUUCAUCCCAGCACGAGACCUGCCUCAGGCUGUGGGACACUUACAGCAGCAGUUAAAUGGACUAUCAGUCAGCGACAGUCACGAAUCUGAAGACAUUUUGAGCAAAAGUAACCUGAAUCCAGAUGCCAAGGAGUUUAUUCCAGGAGUGAAGUACUGAGGUGUUGGAAGCUUCCAGAAGGACUUGUCUUGUCCCCGUACCUGGGGUCAGCAAUGCACAAAAAGGCAUAGCUGAAGGGGGGUGGCAAGGGUGUGUGGCCAGGGCGGGUUGGGUUGGGAAGGUGGUUUAACUGAAUACUGUGACUGAGUAACUAAUGUGCGAGGUACUACUCUCCAAGCCCUCUGAACUUGGCUCUUCUGUUCUGCUGACUUGUUCAGAGCAGUUUCCCAUUUUAUUUUAUUUUUGAGAAGUUCUUUGGAGUUGUUUUUCCCUUCUAAGGAAUGUUCUGUCUGCAUUCGAGCAAAAUAAGCUGACCAAGGGAAGCAGUAUUUAAGAAGUAAUCUUCCCUGCUGUGUACCUACCAGGAGCAGGGUAUCUGGAGAGCUUAAGGCGUUUGCAGCUGGGUGGUAAGAGGGAAAAACAGAACAGGAGAUGUAAACCAGAUGCAACACUCAACCUCUCCAACCCCUGACAUUUCCAUAGUGAACUGGGGUACCAUUGGCCCACAAAGCCCUUGUCUCCUGGCCUGAACUCUACUCAAGAAAACACAGAUUUGGAAGUUCUUGGGUGAAUGUAACUUUGGAUUGAUGCAAGUUGUACAUCAGAAGAACAGGGCUGGAUGGUGUCUGUCAUGUAGUUGUACAUCAGAAGAACAGGGCUGGAUGGUGUCUGUCAUGUAGUUGCUGCUGGCCUGGUGUUGAUCAUAGGUGUGUAGCUGUCACCCGUCAUUUACAAGUCAAGGUCACAUAGAGUCACUUUGCCUUCAUGAUCCAUAUGGGGGCUACUCCUGGCUUCUUUCCCUCACAGCUCUAAAAGACACGGUUAGCCGAAGUCUGAGACAGGCCUUUCAUUGGGUUAGUUGCAUCUUGAAUCUUUUUGGACAGUUUUGUUUUAUUUUCUUUAGCCCCAUAAAUAUCUGGCUUUUAUAGUGUCUUCUCUCAAAGAUUUCUGGUUUUUGUUUUUUUCAAGGAAAUAUGUUUUUCCAAACACUAGUAUGCUCAGCUCAGUUUGGGUGCUUCUCCUGCCUUACAGAGUGAUUCCCAGAAACUAAGCUACUGAGGAGUCCUGCCUGAGAACACAACAGAGCUCCUUGAAGCUGUUAAAAA